GGAAAUAACUUCGCAAAACAUCUGUAUUAUCACAUAAUCAUAUUGUAAGUUCAAUUUGAUAUGUGUUGAUACCUAGUAUUAUACUCAAUUGACGGGGGUUGAUCACAUACUCCAUUUCAUAUUUGGCCACUACAGCCUCACGAAACCCAAACUUUCGAAUUUAAGCUAAGGCCUAAUCGCGCUGUCACAAAGCUUGAAGGUUGCCUGAGAGUGGCAGUGUUAAGGCUGUUCUACUUUGUACACAAUGAAUCAACCACUCAACCUGACAGCCCGAUCAGUGAUCACCCCAUGGAAGGGGAUAUAAAGAUGAUCACUUUGUCUGGGAAGUCAAUAUUCCCUUAAUAUUUAUUUCUCGAGCACAAAAAUCACCUAUCUAUACCAGUUUCGUCCACCAUGAAUUCAACUUCAAUUACAAAUGCGAUCAAGGAGGCAGUCCCGCGUAAUAGAGAUCUGUUAGCCAUUCUCUCCGAGACAGACCAUGCGCCGCCAGCCUUGGAGCAACAGAAGCGUUACAUCGAUGACCUCAAUAAUGAACUCUCCACUAUCCAGAAACGCAUUGUCGUGUUGGACGAACAACGAGCUAAAGAAUUUAAGGAACAUAAGAAAUAUCGCGACUCGGUCAUGAAGCGCUUUGCCUACCGCGUGGGCGGCAAGACAGAUAAAUUUCAAGCUAGGGCCAACAAGGAAGAGCAGGAAUACUUUGCUGUCUUGCAGAAAGAACGCCAAGCCAAGGAACAGGAGGAGAACAUAAGAGUAAUGCGCUCUAAAGCCUUGGAGGCACAGAGUGAUCUAGAGGCUGAAGUGGACCGCCACAGAGAGGCACAGGAACAACUUGACAGCCUUUAUGAUAGCAUCUUCCAAGGACCAACGCCAAAUUUCCCUGAGGAAGAUCGUUCUGAGCAGAACGCAGAGAGCGCAUUGAAUGCAUACCACAAUUCUCGCAUAGUAGUAGAAACAGAACUCCAAGUCGUGAAACUUCUAUCAGAAGCCAAAACACGGCUCAGCCAUGCUCUUGGCUACACAGAGGAGGCAUUAAGUUACAGCCGGAUGGAUAUGUUUGGCGGAGGGACAUUUUCGGAUUUCAUGGAGCGUAACGCACUAGACAAAGCCGAUAGCGAGGUUAACCAGAUGCGAUUACUCAUGCGACAGGCACAACGCAUGUCUCGACACGUACAGGAUCUUCCAGCUGUCAGGAUAGCGGGUGGAAGUCUAUUAGGAGAUGUUCUCUUCGACAAUAUUUUCAGUGACAUGGCCUUCCACGAAAAGAUCAAAGACUCUCGCGCGGCGUUAGAGCGAGCUCAAGGGUUUUUACUCAAUCAGCUAGCUCAAGCAAAAUCGAGACACGAAGAAGCUGAGCGCGAUAUGAAUAAUUAUGCGUCCGUAUUGGAGACCUCGAGAGAAGAGUUGCAAAAAGCAAGACAACGCAUCUUUGAUCGUGUAGCCGACAGCAAUACGGACGAACAGGCAAUCCCAGCGGACGAUCCACCACCAUAUUGAAAACUUCACAAUUUAUGCUUUUAAUAGAAACUCGAUCAAGUUUAAGCAGAUUUCAUAAGAUGGACCAAAGCUUCGAUGGAGUGAGUUAGGAUUUCGAUUAGUUAAUAGAACGCUGCAACGCUAACUCGAAUGAUGGAUCACAGCAGUAUGGCUGUCCGAGAUAAUUAUCUCCCCUUUACUGCUCAUAUGAUUA